AUGUCGGAAGCCGCGGAGAGAACCUUCUCGGUGGCCACGCCCACCUCCUGUAGCUUCCCGGUACUGGCGGCAUCCUUCCAGGAGCAAGUUUCCCAGCUGGAGGCCCGCUUGGUGUCCAUCCUGAGAGGACGACUGGACGAGUGCCGGCUGCCCUCGGCCGCCGUCAAGGUGGUGGCCAUCUUCGGGCCGCUGCUGCAGCGCGCCUCCAUACGAGAACGGCUACGUCCUCAGCUCUCCUUGCUGGUGGACAUGGUCAUGCGAGAACUGGAGCUGGUCCACGCGCUUGUCAGGAGCAAAAGUGAGAACGACGUGGCAUCCAAGUUCUCUUCCUCGCCCGCCAUCACGCUCAAGUGGACACAGCAGGUCAUGCUGAGGGCUCACAACAUCCAGCACAACUUCCAGACUGUGCAACACCUGUGCGUGGAGUCGUGCGACAAAGUGCGGCAAAAGUUCCAGAAGAUCGCGGACCAGCUGAUGGACAUCCGGACCACGGUGCUACAGGGGUGGAGCCGAAACCUGGACAGAGACGCUUCCGCCCUCCUUCGAAUUCCUCUGAUUCAAGAGGAAGACAAAAUACUGACAAUUCCUUGCGGACAACAGCUGACGGCCCUAAUGAGCGAGAUCAAAAAAGCUCACUGGGAGAAAGAUUUGGCGCUGAAUCCCCAAACUGCGGAGAUUUUGCAGAACAGACAUGACAUCGCCCAAAGUUACCUCAGCCUCAUCAACAUCGUGUCCUUGUACAACAAGAUUGUGGAAAAAUGUCUGCCUGUGGAGCUACCUCUGAUCCAGAGCGGGUUGGAGGAACAGAGGCAGAGCCUGUUGGAGCUGCAAAACAAAAGCUGGACUAAUGAUGGCAUCCAUGCGCUGAUGGAGCAGAAGAAAAAAAAGCUGGCAACCUUUUCCACAUCUGUCAAUGAGGCACGAAACAACAUGGCCACCAUAUGCGCCAUCACGGAGGAGUGGGCGGGGCUUCCCCUGCUCAAUGACACGGACGGCUUCCUGGAGAGGGGCGGCGCAACCGAGGAGAGCUAUGAGCGUCUUCGCGAUGACGGCAACGAGAUCAUACGCCUGGUCAAGGAAAACGUCGCCCUAUACGGCGUGAAAAACGAGUCGUCGGCUGAAUGGACGGCCUAUGUAAAGCACGUGGACCAAUUGGUGCAGGACGGCAUCCUGCAAAUGCUGCUGGAUGCGCUCAACUUCCUGUCGCAGAACAUGACGCCGAUGAACUUCAGGGGAGCCUUGCUGCAGGUGUCUCUGCAGCUGCAGCCGACGGGAAGCGUCUUCGAGCCGUCCUUGACCACUGACCUGAAAGCAGUACUCAAGCUGUUCAUCGCAGACAUCCGCGCGGCUGCCGCCAUGCCUCUUAGGAUCUGCACAGAUAAACUGGAUAACUACCAGGAGGUCCUGAAGGACGACGGCAAGCUAACGGCACUGGAAGAAGAAGUGAUGCAACGUUUGGAGGAGGUGACGGUGGAAGCCGAACUCCUGAGGACCGAACUGGACUGCUUCUCGCCGCUGUGGAUGAGUCACAAACGUGGCGUUUUGAAGGAGUUCCUCACCUACGGUAGGAGGCUGGAGGAGGGUGAGGAGGAAGUGGACGAGUGCCCGCCCACGCUCGCGGACUUUCAAAGAGAGAUUUACUCUCUCCAGAACCAGCUAAACAAGGUAAACGAUCUGGAGGACUACGACCUGGUGCAUGGCUGGCUGCAAGUGGACCUUCAACCUUUUAAGGAUGCUCUCCGCCUUUUCAUCAACAAUUGGAUCAGCUUGUACACACAGCACCUGCUCAAACUCGUCAGACACAGCAUGUCUCGGCGAAGUAUGGACGAAGAAGAGGAAGAAGCGGAGAAGGCUUCGGCACGCAACUUACCUCUGACAGAAACCAUCAUGCUGUUGGAGACUGUCAACGUAGAAGUACCCGAAAUCACCUCGCUCCUGCAGACGGGAGGCCACCUGGUGGCGGAAACGGAAACCAAAUAGGCACGAGAUGAAAAGUUUCUAGCGACGGUAGAUUCCGAAGGCCAGCAGGCUGAGGAAGACGGUGACGCCCAGCAGCGACGCCGACGCCGGGGCCGUGAAAAGGUGGCGGUACUGGAUUUGGCAAUACCACAGCACGGCUAGCAUCAGCACCAGCAGCGGCACCAUCAGGCCGCCCACGUUGAGCGCCACCUGGACCUGCUCGGCCGCCGCCGCGCCGCCUUCUGUGCCCGCCGCCGCCGCCGCGUGCUGUGAGAUGUGGCAGUGCAGCACGCAGUUGUGCGACAGGUGGAGCGCUUCCAGCGUGGCGCCGUCAUCCCGUAAGAGCUGACCUUGGUAGAUAAGGCGGACGUGGCGCUCCUGCCCCGAGAAGUACGUCCUGCCGGGGGGCACACACUGACUUACCAGCUGUCGCUGACAUUUUUGGGUUGCUAAUAGUGUUGCACCGAUACUAGUAUUGAAAGGGGCCCCGAUACCGUGCCAAAAUGCAGGUAUUGGCGAGUGCAAAUAAAUAUUGAACCGGUGCUGUACAAUAAAAUUUGACAGAUAUAUCAGCUGGCCGAUAUAAGAUAUUUUUUUGAUGAUCAGGCAUCGGUUCCAUUUGUAGACGCUGUUUUCUAAUAAAGAUUAUUGGCCGGCUGAUAAAUGAACUUCUUUUAAGAUCAGCCAUCAGUCGACUAAUAGCCGACAUAUGGUACAGGGAUGGUACACUUGUAUCGUGCUUUUCUACCUUCAAGGAAAGUACUUUGACAUUAUUUAUGACAUUUACCUAUUGAUGACGUAGCAUCAGGAGUAACGUCAGUUCAAUAUCUUGCUAAAGGACAAAGGUCACCAGGGCGGGAAAUCGAACCCACAACCACUGGGUUGGGGAACGACUAAUCUCCUUCUGGGCCGAUAUAAAGACUCAUCGCAAGACAUUCACAUUACUUAAGUUACCAGAGCCCAGUCAACAAAGGACUAUUUGAAUGGUCAAAAUAUGCAGUAUUACUGAAGUUGUUUUGUUGCUUAUUUUUAAGUUAGGUGAAACAGGAUUGUCUCUUCGCGACGCACGGUCUGUGCAAACAAAAGAGCUGGGAAUCUUUGGGCCCCUAACGAUUCGAUUACGAUUCAGAGGCUCCGAUUCGAUUAUAAAACGAUUAUUGAUGCACCCCCCUCCUUUUUUUUUAAUUUAUUUAUUUUUAAAUGUUUUGUACAUUAGUUCCAAAAUUGUUCAAAAAUACUCUCAGGCUAAACCAAACUACUAUUUCAGUAUCAAGUUAACAUAUAGCAGUAAAAAAAUAUACAAAAAUAACAGUAAAUAAAAAACUCCAGUCCCCAUUCUGUAUCAGCAGCUUUAAACUACAUUCAAUUAAUUUAAUGUUGUGAAUCAACCGUUAAAGUUGUUAAAAUUGCUCCAGUUAUUCCUUAAUUUCCCUUUUGUCUACUUUCGACAUGUGAAAGUUUUAAAGCUAUUUUAAAGAUAGAUUCAAGUCAAUAUUUUACCGAUUUAGGAGUAUUUUAGAUAAAAAGUUAAUUAGGUUUGCUUGGAAGGUUCGCUACAACAGCCUUGCAGGGAAGUGUACUGCUUUAAGAUGGCGGCCGUUUACUACGCCCGCAUCUAGCUUUUUGUAGAUGUGCUGCUAACGCUACCGAAUCUAUAAUGCAUCUAGUCCUAUAUAAAUGAUAUCUACCAUAACAUUAUGUGGAUGUACUUUGUAGCAGCUUUUCGGCAGCAGUCAGGUAUGUUGUUGUUUUUUUUUUAUCUCUUGGCAUGAGUUGAGCUAGAGCCGUGAGUUGAGCAUUGGCAUUACCCGAGGGGCCGGGUAAUGAGAAGCAUGAUGUUUAGCUACUCUCGCUCCAUUCCUCACUGUCCCCAAGACCGCGCGGCGAGCUGAGUGUGUUGUACUUCCGCUUUACUUGGCAUAUUUCAAUAAUCGGAAUUUGGAUAUUUGUGAAUCGUUCUCGAAUCUUCCACGGCCGAAUCGCAAAUAAUCUAAGAAUUGGAAAUUUUGCACACCUCUAGCGAACACCACUGCAUUUGGUGUAAUAUUAAGAGAUUGGAAUAAUGCAGGAAAAGUCCUAAAAUCACAAGAUUAAAAUCGUCAUAUUACUUAUUUUUACAUUACAUGAACUAGAAGUUGUUAGGGGUCUGCAGUUGGCGAUGUAACUUUGACCAUUAUACCCUUCUAAUACGUAUAGACAAUAACAAUAAUUGUUUAAUUAAUCAUCUGAUUAAUCAAUUAUGAAAAUAAUAAUUAGUUGCAGCCCUAGUUUCCAAACACUAGUUUCCCUCCACAUGAUGACCUUCAGUUUCAAGCACUGCUGUAAAUGAAACAGCGCUCGUCGCUCUUCCCGAGAUGGUUGCCGAUCAAAAACGCCAUCGAAGAAAAUGAAGAAAAAACAAAGAAUGCACUAAUGGAAAAAAGCAUUCAACAACUUUUCAUUAAGAUGGACAGUGGGAGUCAAAUCUUGUUUUUUUUAAAACGAGAAGAUAUUUUUGCUUGUGAAUGGUAUAUGUUGAGCAGUAAUACCAGCCAGGAUUUAACGUUUUAUAACAUUGACAUGAGUGUUAAGAUGUUAACUUUGUUAGAAGGUGGUAAAACGGAAAAGUAGGCCAGAGAACUUGUGUAGUCUCCUUCCAAAAGUGAUGAGCAUGAGCUAAGCUAAUGUACUAAUAUGGUAUAAGGCAGGGGUGUCCAAACUUUUUGCAAAGGGGGCCAAAUUUGGUGUGGUAAAAAUGUGGGGGGCCGAUCUUGACUGACGUCCUUUACGUAGAACAAUAUAUUUAAGCAAAUUUUAGCAGGCCAUUCUGUGUCACAUUUGCUUUACUAUUUUUUUUCAAUUAACAAUUUCAACAAUCGCGCAAAUAGCCUUUGUGGCGUUCUCUUUCAUCUCUCGGGCUCUUGCGAAAUACUGCUGCUGUAAAAAAACUAACUUCAAGUUGCUUCAAUUUCUCGCUAUAUAUCUUCCCUGUAAUCUUGUCGUACAUGUCAGCGUGUCUUGUUUGGUAAUAUCGCCUCACAUUGAACUCUAAAAACAGCGACUGUCUCUUUGCAAAUGAGGCAGACACAGUUGUUGCGUAUUUUAGUGAAGAAAUAGUCCAAUUUCCACCUAUCCUUGAAACGUCGGCCAUCGCAGUCAACUUUCUUUUUUUUGCUGAUUGUUGCCAUUUUAGAAAAUUGAGAGUAAAGGGUCACACGGGGUAAUGUUGCUUAGAGUACUGCUGCCUUUUAGUGGAUAAAUGAGGAGCAGCAUUUAGUGUAUAAGCUACUUCAUAUGCUGGUGGCAGUACUGCUGACCAAUUUGUUAGGUCUGUGUGCGGGCCAGAUGAUAUUUUAUGACAGAAGUUGGGGGCCGGAUGAAAUUUGACCAUGGACCGCAUUUGGCCCCCGGGCCGGACUUUGGACAUGUCUGGUAUAAGGUGACUGAGCAAGCCAUGAUAGCAAUUAGUUCAGAUUCAAGUGAGUAUGCAGUCUUAGAAAAUCUAUUUGUUGUAUAAUUUUUCAAAAACGAAGCCAGGUAUCGGUGCAACACUAUUUGCGAGCCCGGAAAAAUAGCCAAAAUGAAAAAUCUAGCAGGAUGGUUGAAGAUGAUGCUAACUCGCAAGUAAAUAUGGCGGACUUUCACCUCAAUGGCACUUUAGAAAAUCAAUGUCUAUUUUUACAUUUGUUUUCCUAUGCAUUUUUCUUGAUUAAAAUUGUGAAAUUUGAUUUACGCCUUUGUUUUUUAUACUUACUGGCUGCCAUCGACGGCACUAGAUGUCCAAUCUCGGCUGGGUGGGGCGAAUG